CUCAACAACAUACACAGCUAGUUCCCGUUUCUCUGGGAUUUUGGGCACUGGACAUGAACACACCGACUGUGUCUGAAUCGGUGUCGACAGAGAUGAUGCAUGCCGAUAUGCAUUGUCUACUAAAGGCCAUGGAAAUGGGUAAAUAGUGAAUAUUUUUGGAUAAAAGGAGGAAAACGGAACGGAUUGGGAACGUGCGCUGGGUUCGCAUAUUCAGACCUAACUGAUGGAUGGCGCUAGCAAUCGCUAAGGUCAUGGGUUCGAUUCCCAGGGAACAAGCACACUGAUAAACAAAAUGUACAUUUUCAAUGCACUUUUGAACCUGAGCUAAUGGGGAGAUUGCACUGUUGGACACUACGUCUUGGAUGUUAGCAUACUAAAGACCUAAACAUCUACCUUCUCCGCACCAGUGAUUCCGUACUGCUAUGUUGGAUACAGCUUAACGAGCAAAAGAAGAGAAAUAUUGGAUUUCUCUCUCUCCCAUGGACUAGAUUGUUUUCGCAAUGAUGAAAAAGUGAGUUUGAAUCAUUGCAGGCAAAACUAAAGAAUCACGAGAGAGAGAGAGAGAGAGAGAGGGAGAGACUGAGAAAGUUACUGGGAGUUGGAGACCUCGGGCAACAUUUGACCUCAGUGCCAUCGUUUCCUGCGUGGGCGCGUUGGUCAUAGGAUGACCAGCCUUUUCCGACGCAGCAGCAGUAAUGGAGGGUCUCGGGGUGGCGGAGGCUCAGGAGCAGGCGAUCUCAACAAUACCAGGCCCAACCGGCAAGUUCGACGGCUGGAGUUCAACCAGGCCAUGGAGGACUUUAAAACCAUGUUCCCCAGCAUGGACUAUGAGGUGAUAGAGUGCGUGCUCCGCUCCAACAACGGAGCUGUAGACGCCACCAUCGAUCAGCUCCUGCAGAUGAGCAUUGACGGGCAGGGCUCAGAUGACAGUUCUGAUUCAGACGACAGUAUCCCACCAGAGAUUCUAGAGCGGACUCUCGAGCCGGACAGCUCAGAUGAGGAGCCGCCCCCAGUCUACUCCCCGCCAACAUAUGACAUGCACAUAUAUGACAGGAAAUACCCCGAUGCCCCUCCUGACCCUCCACCCAGGUUUGAGGCCCAGCCUCCUCCAGGACAAAGGCAAGUUCAAGGUUACAAAAACUGGAAUCCACCGUUACUUGGCAACCUGCCUGAUGACUUCCUACGAAUCCUGCCUCAACAAUUGGACAGUAUACAGGGCUCUCAGAGUAGCAUUUCCCAGCCAUCUUCCUCCUCUUGUUCCUCAGUGCCCCAGAAGGCCACGACUGUGGCAGCGGCUGCAGGAACAAGCGGAGCUUCUGAGCAGGAGCGCAAACUGAAGCAAUACUUGGAGGACGAGCGCAUUGCUCUCUUCCUACAGAACGAGGAGUUCAUGAAAGAGCUACAGAGGAACCGAGAGUUCCUCAUUGCCUUGGAAAGAGAUCGAUUGAAAUACGAGUCAAAGAAAUCCAAAUCCAGUCAUUCAUCAGCUAGCGUAGAGAACUCCACAGGUGACCACUAUGCUUCUGGAUCCGUAGAAGCAUGCACAGCAGUCUCAGAUGACGCUCUGUUUAGAGACAAGCUAAAGCACAUGGGAAAAUCAACCAGGAAGAAGCUGUUUGAAAUCGCCAGAGGGUUCUCAGAAAAGACGAAGCGAAGGAAGUCUAAAAGAAGAACAUUGUUGCGGCAUCAUUCAUUGGGCACAGCCAACUCCACUGCCAACCUCCUAGACGAUGUUGAAGGAAACCCAUGUGAUGAAGAAAGUCAGCUCAGACGAUUGGCUGUUCAGGAAGAGGAGGAGCCACACAAAGAACCACUAUCAUGAUCCCUCUGUGCUUUUGGGAAAUUGGGGUUUCCAUGGUGACCUCAGAAUGACCCAUGGUUGAUAGCUCAUUAUCUCAGUUGAUCCAGUGCUUGGCUCACUGGCGAGCAAUCAUGGACUCGAGAGGAACAGCCUACCCCCGACUGGCUGAGGCAAAACUGUAUUAUCAUUUUGUAGCAGCCUUUUGCGAGCCUACGAUUAUUAUCUGCAUUUGAUUACUAUUAUAAUUAUAGGAUUGUAACUGUUUGUUAAUAUUUGGUUUCAUAUGUAUAACUCAACAGAUGUAAUACUGAUUUCCUGACCUGAAUUAUAUUUUUUUGUUUCGUUUUAUUUACAAAAUGAAUCCUAAUCGAAAAUCCCGGUUUGUGAUUUUUGUUUAAAAAUAAAAUUUACUUCAGGAAUUUUUCCACUUGUCACUAUUUGAAAAGAGGCAAAUAUUUUUAGUUUAUUACUGUUCAGUUUCUAGUCUAAACAUGUAUGUUUGGGCAUUUGAGCCAGAUGAAGCAAUUAAUGGUCAGUUAUUUUGGCACAUUAGUAUUCCCUAAUUUCUUAAUGGACUCUGCCCAUUCCCACAGUCUAGCCCAUUAUUCUAAUCUGCACAUUAAACAUCAAAGGGUUUUCCUCAAAUAUGUAACCCAGUUUUAUCUCUCAAAAACACUUUUUCCUAUCUUUAUCUUUGCUAUUAAGGAAAUGACAGCAAUAUUCAGGUCUCCAUUCAGUCUUAAGUUGGUCUGAAAUUAGGGUGCUGAAUAGUCCAUUUCCAUUCCUGUACCAAUUUUCAUACAAUCAAAUAACAGAUACAGAUGAGAUGGCCUCCUUUAAGAGGGUUGUACCCAAAGUGACCGCCUGCCAAGUAAGGCCAUGCACAUCGUCUAUGUACAGUUGAAGUCAGACGUUUACAUACACCUUAGCCAAAUACAUUUAAACUCAGUUUUUCACAAUUCCUGACAUUUUAUUGUAGAAAACAUUCCCUGUCUUAGGUCAGUUAGGAUCACUAUUUUAAGAAUGUGAAAUGUCAGAGUAAUAGUAGAGAGAAUGAUAUAUUUCAGUUUUUAUUUCUUUCAUCACAUUCCCAGGGGUCAGAAGUUUACAUACAAUUUGUUAGUAUUUGGUAGCAUUUUUGUUUAACUUGGGUCAAACGUUUUGGGUAGCCACUAUAUUUCUCAAAAUAAGUUGCUGGAAUGUUGGCCCAUUCCUCCAGACAGAACUGGUGUAACUGAGUCAGGAUUGUAGGCCUCCUUGCUCACACAUGCUUUUUCAGUUCUGCCCACAAAUUGUCUUAUCAGAUUGAGGUCAGGGCUUUAUGAUGACCACUCCAAUACCUUGACUUUGUUGCCCUUAAGCCAUUUUGCCACAACUUGGGAGGUAAGCUUGGGGGUCAUUGUCCAUUUGGAGGACCCAUUUGUGACCGAGCUUUAAAUUCAUGGCUGAUGUCUUGAGCUGUUGCUUAAAUAUCUCCACAUAAUUUUCCUUCAUGAUGCCAUCUAUUUUGUGAAGUGCACCAGUCCCUCCUGCAGCAAAGCACCCCCUAAACAUGAUGCUGCCAGCCCCAUGCUUCAUGGUUGGGAUGGUUUUCUUCGGCUUGCAAGCCUCACCCUUUUUCCUCCACAUAUAACGAUGGUCAUUAUGGCCAAAAAGUUCAAUUUUUGUUUCAUCAGACCAGAGGACAUUUCUCCAAAAUGUAAGAUCUUUGUCCCCUUGUGCACUUUUUUUAUGCCAGUUUUGAAAUGUGGACUUUCUUGCUGAGCAGCCUUUCAGGUUAUGUCGAGUUUGGACUUGUUUUACUGUGGAUAUAAAUACUUGUCUACCUGUUUCCUCCAGCAAAUUCACAAGGUCUUUUGCUGUUGUUCUGGUAUUGAUUUGCACUUUUCGCACCAAAAUACAUUCAUCUCUAGGAGACAGAAUACGUCUCCUUCCUGAGCAGUAUGAAGGCUGCAUUGUCCCAUGAUGAAUGUGUUACCUUCAGGCAUCUGGAAAUUGCUCCCUAGGAUGAACCAGACUUGUGGAGGUCCACAAUUUGUUUCUGAGGUCUUGGCUGAUUUCUUUUGAUUUUCCCAUGAUGUCAAGCAAAGAGACACUGAGUUUGAAGGUAAGCCUUAAAAUACAUCCACAGGUACACCUCCAAUUCAGUACACUUCCUUUCAAAAGCUAAUUGUCUAAAAGCUUGACAUCAUUUUCUGGAAUGUUCUAAGCUGCUUAAAGACACAUUUAACUUGGUGUAUGUAAACUUCUGACCCACUGGAAUUGUGGUUAAUUAAAAGUGAAUCAAUCUGUCUCUGAACAAUUGCUGGAAAAAUUACUUGUGUCAUGCACAAAGUAGAUGUCCUAAAUAACUUGCCAAAACUAUAGUUUGCUAAUGUGGAGUGGUUAAAAAAUGAGGUUUAAUGACUUCAACCUAAGUGUAUGUAAACUUCUGACAUCAAUUGUAUGAUAUUACAACUGUACAUAAUUCUCAAUGCCAAAAUUCAAUUUGUCAUUUUUACACGACUUAAGGCAAAUCGCUGCAUCUCCUCAUCUUUGCACUGCCAUAUCUGUUUAAAAAACAUUGGAAUACUGUUUUUUUUUUUGUUUGUUUGUUUGUUUUUUUCCCCAAGUGUGUUUUGGAGUGGUUACUUUUUUUUUUCAAUGAAUAGAACGAUAUGUAAAGACGUUUGAGCAUUGAACAAUUUGAGUGAUGCUGUCCUUAAGCCAACCAAAUGCUGCUGUGUGGUAUGCUUUCCUGUGAAUCUCCCUGAAUAAUUUACCCCAACCCUGUGCUUCCAGUAGGUCACGUGACAAUGUCUUAAGAUCAGAGGUCUAACUGUGAUCAACAAAUAAGAAUGUGCUGUUAUGUUCCUUUGUGUUAUGCAUCCAGUAUAUUGAUUUGUGUGACAUCAAUGAUCAGUUGGUUUGUAGUAUGUUGUCCAGCAGUUAGAUCGAUUAGUUUGUUUAAUAGAUCAUAAAACUUAAAAAACGUCAAAGUAUUACAUGUGCCAAGGCACACAAACUCAAUCAUGUUGAUUCCACUAUGUUACUGAUUUGUCAUGGUUCCGAUGUCCUUUAUUUUACAGAUAUGCAUUUGGGAGCUUGCUAAUUUUGUUUUAAAGGCAUUGUUAUCUAUGAAGUCAUGAUCAUGUUUUUCAAGGCACUAUAUGUGUUUGUCAAUAGUUAAUUGAUUUGUGCUCCAUUGUAACUGAUUAUGUAGUUUGCCAUAGGCAUCGUCAGUGACAAACUGUACGCAUAAGCCUAGAACACAUAAUUAUGUGUGCUGUGAAGUGUUAAUAGCCAUGAUGAAAUGUGGCGGUGCCAUACAUAUCUGUUUGAUGUUAUUUUUUAUUUUUUUAUUAUUAUUUAAAGAUGGCAAAAGAACCAAGUCUUUAAAUAAUUUUUCUAGGUUAAAUAAGUUAAGCUCAAUUGACAGCAUUUGUAGCAUAAUAUCGAUUACCACAGAAAUAAAUUUUGACUAGCAACUAAAAAAAAAGCUAAAAUCUGAGUUACCGUGAGGCACUUACAAUGGAAGUGAAUGGGGCCAAUGCGUAAACAUAAAAAUACUAUUUCAAAAGUAUAGCCACAAGACAGAAUGUGUGUUAACGUGAUUUUAUAUCAUGUUAUGAAAUACUAACCGUUUCUGUAAGUUAGUCAAUUUUACAACUUCAUUGCCAAUGAUGAUGUAAUGUCAACAAACUCUAAAAUGACUGCAAAAUUAUGAUUUAAACGAUUUACAGCUCAAAUAAUACAUGAGUUUUAAAAGAAGAAUUAAAGUGCUUUUGUAAAAUUAAAAGCUUCACAUUUCUGUCUUUAAACUUACCAAACAUUGGCCCCAUUCACUUUCAUUUUUGCCACUGACUUCCAUUGUAAGUGCCUCACAGUAACCUUGAUUUUUGCCUUUUUUUUUUUUUUUUUUAUUAUUAUUAAAGAAAAGGGGUGACGAGUCAAAAUUAUUUUUUGUGGUAAUCAACAAAUGCUGUUGAUUGAUCUCAUCUUGUAUUUAACCUGGAAUAUUCCUUUAAUCUGUUUAGUAAAUUAUGUGAAUUAAAAGAACAAAUGUUUUGUUGUAGCAAAACCUUGUAGGAUUCAGAGUGGUAAUAGUUAUUCCACCGAGCCCAUUGUAAAAAUGAAAAAAUACACGUAACGUAGAAAAUAUAAAAGAUAAGGCAGGAUGUUAGUCUCAGUCACCAUUCACAUUCAUUGCAUCUUUUUUCCAUACAAUGAAAGUGGAUGUUGACUGUCAUUCCUGAAAAGGGUUCCUAGAGGUUUUCCAGAACGUUCCACUAGUGUGGCAUCUGAAGAACCCUAAAUGCUGCCUCAAAUAUCUUUUCAUUGCUACAGUGGUGUGCAACAUGCACCUGUGUAGCCUGCGAUUCACAGGCUGCACUGCUGCCUGUGUGAGUUUUUCCUUCCAUCACGCUUGUUAAAGGAAUAUUCCGGGUCCAACACAUUAAGCUCAUUUUACAGCAUUUGUGGCAUAAUGUUGAUUGCCACACAAAUUAAUUUUGACUUGUCCCUCCUUUUCUUUAAAAAAAAUAAAAAUAAAAGCAAUAAUCUGGGUUACAGUGAUGCACUUACAAUGGAAGUUAAUGGAGCCAGUCUGUAAAUGUUAAAAUGCUCACUGUUUUAGAGGAAAAAACACAAGAAAAAUCUAACCUUUUCUUUGUAAAGUUAAAUCCAAUUUUAGAACUUUGUUGGCAUGACGACGUAACACCAUAUACCCUCAAAUAAUACAUUAGGUUUAACUGGAAAAUAAAUGUGCUUUUGUAAGCAUCACAUUUCUGCCUUUUAAAACCCACCAAAAAUUGGCCCCAUUCACUUCCAUUGUAAGUGCCUCACUGUAACCUUGAUUUUUGCUUUUUUUUUUUUUUUUUUUAAAGAAAAGGAGGGAUUAAUCAAAAUAAUUGUUUGUGGUAAUCAAUGCCACAAAUACUGUGGAUUGAGCUUAACUUGUAUUGAACCUGGAAUAUUCCUUAAACAUGUUUAAUCCUCUCAGGGAACUUGCUCUCAUUUCACUUUCUUGUAAAAGCACAACUAAAACCGAAAAGAAGAAAAAAGUUAGCUGCAGAGCAGAAGUUUCAAUAAUGGGCCAUGUAGCACUGCCUUUUUUUAUUUGAAUAAAUAAAACCGUUGUGCUAAUGAUUUGUUUUCCCAUCAUGAGGCUGAUAUGAAAAAUUCAAGGACUGUGUUGACUUAUUAAUUCUCCUGCAGUAGCAAAGUUCCUUUUCUAGCUGACAUGUCCUUGUAUGUUUACUUGGAUUCUGAAUAAGGUCCUGUUUAAUUUUGUAUCUUUGUAUGGGAGAGAUUAAAUGGAAAUCAAUGGAAGUUGAGUUUAGAGGGUGUUGUGUGUAAGCCACAUGAUUUUGAGCGGCUCAUAACAAUAAGUGGAAUGUACUCAUUAUUUUUUAUGAUAUGGAAGCAACUGUAUGUCCUUUACCAAAUUGGCUUUUUACAAAAUCUGUUGAUCUUGGCAUUAUUUUUUCUGUACCCUUAGUUUAAUCUCUGGAGAGAGAAAAAAUAGUCAAGUCUUUGUCUACUCGUCCAAAAAGUGUGAUUGUUCAGUAUCACUUAAUUUACUUAAGACUAUUUCAAGUUCCAGACUUUUCUAACGAUCCAGAUGUUUAUUAGCUAUUGAAAUAAACAAUAAAAUUGUUGUACCCUG